GGUGUUUCAUGUGUUUUGAGUACAGCGGCAGCAGAAACAGCAGUAGCUCCAGAGUGCACACUGCAAAAACAACAGUGUUUUACGUCCAGCUCCGUCAAUCGCACGUUCAGCAGCACGCGACAUGUGGGCCCGGAGCGCACGCGGGACCCGGGGCCUGGAGCUCGUGCUGCGGGGGUCGGUCCAGAGACAUCCCCGGAGAGAGGCGUCAUCCGCGGCCGAGGUGGCGCUGAAGAGGACUCCACUAUUUGAGUUCCACCGGGCAAGUGGUGGUAAGAUGGUGGAGUUUGCAGGCUGGAGCAUGCCGGUGCAGUACACGGACAGUCACAUCAGCUCACACAUGCACACCAGAACGCACUGCUCGCUAUUCGACGUUAGCCACAUGCUACAGACCAAAGUCCACGGCAAAGACCAAGUGAAGUUCAUGGAGUCUCUGGUGGUCGCAGACAUCGCCGAGCUUAAAGAUAAUCAGGGAACUCUGUCUCUCUUCACCAACGAUAAAGGAGGGAUCAUGGACGACCUGAUAGUGACUAAAACAGACCAGGGUUAUCUGUACGUGGUGUCCAAUGCAGGCUGCGCCGACAAGGACUCCGCUCACAUGAAGGCCAAGCUGUCAGAAUUCAAAGCUGCCGGUUUUGAUGUUGAUUUGGAGUUUUUAGAUGAUGCACUAAUUGCUGUACAAGGUCCAUCAAUGAGCAGGGUGCUGCAGGAGGGAGUGAAGGACAAUUUAAAAAAUCUGCCAUUCAUGUUCUCAGCUCUGACCUCUGCGUUCGGAGUCCCCUGUAGAGUCACACGCUGUGGGUACACUGGGGAGGAUGGAGUGGAGAUCUCUGUGCCCAGUUCCCGGGUGGUGGAGCUCACAGAGAGACUGCUGUCAAACCCGGAGGUGAAGUUAUCCGGGCUCGGAGCCAGAGACAGUCUGCGGCUGGAGGCAGGACUCUGUCUCUACGGCAACGAUAUUGACGAGACCACCACACCUGUAGAGGCUACGCUCGUCUGGACUAUAGGAAAGCGGCGCCGUCAGACCAGAGAUUUCCCUGGAGCAGAUAUCAUCGUUCCUCAGAUCAAGAACAAAACUCAGAGGAAGAGAGUGGGUUUGGUCUCCACUGGUCCUCCUGUCCGGCAGCACACACCGAUACUCAGCACUGACGGCAAAGUUAUAGGUGAGGUGACGAGUGGCUGCCCAUCUCCCUGCCUGAAGAAAAAUGUUGCCAUGGGUUAUGUGGACUCUGCCUUCUCCAAGAACGGGACCCAGAUUCAGGUGGAGGUCCGGAAGAAGGCGGUCCCAGCCACAAUUAGCAAAAUGCCCUUUGUGCCCACCAACUACUACACUGGCUAAAACAGAGGAGACGUACAAGAACAUGGAGGGAAAUCUAUCCAGACUCAUUCACUUGUAUUUUAAGAUGUUCAUAUUGAUAUGAUGAUUCAUAUUUAAUUUAUCCAACUGGUGGUAAAGUUUUCCAGGUGUGAAACAAGGAAGUUUUAAGGACCAUAAUAACAUUUUAAUUUAUACAUUUGAGUUCAGCACUUUUGCAGGAUUUAACAGCAAAAUCAUGAUGAGAUUUUCUCUAUGUAAAAGGUACUGUCGUCCAAUUUUGCUUUCUAAUAUUUUUAACUCAACAUUUUCUCUUUGGACAAAAUAUACACUACUCAGGUUAUCAAAAGGAGACCAAAACACAGUCAUUCCAAAUUUUUCAAGACCACCAGCAAAAAACAGUAUGAUCUAUUUUACAACAAUUACAUGUCUUAACUACUGUGAAUUAAUUCCAAUAUAUGUUUCAAGUUUUUUGUUUUUUUUUAUGCAAUUUUUACAUGUAACAAACACUGUAAGGGGUUUAAUUACUUUUUAGUUAGUAAGACACUUUCCCAAUUAAUUUUCUGGUAGCUUUGAUAAAAUAUUUGCAAUGAUACAAACUAUUUUGUAAUAGUUUUUUUUUGUUUUUUUAAUCUAAACGUAAAAAUGAUUACAUUAACAUUGACAGAGAUUGAGAACUUGUAGUUUUUAAACAUUUUAAUAAAAAAAAAGAAUAUUUGCAAUCU